AAAUUACGAAAAAGUCAAGGAUGUGUGUGUGUGUGUGAGAGAGAGAGAGAGUGUGUGUGUGUGUUGUUAGUAAAGCAGUGGUUUAGAAUUUGCGGACUGAUGUGUUGGACACUGUGGGAGAAAACGUGCUCGCGGACUUCCCAGAGUAAACGCGUGAAUUCGGCACUGACUUCCACGAAUGCGCCCGGACGGAAAUCCAGCUCCAGAACCGGAGUCUGAUCUGAUCUGGUCUGGUCUGAUCUGAAAGUUGCUUCUGGAAAAACUGGACCCGCGGUUCAGUUCGGGGAAGAAACCAAAGCGGUGCCUUCAUGAGCAGAACACAGGCUUUGGGCAGAGAGGACUGACGGCCUGGUAUCCUGGUAUCCUGGUAUCCUGGUAUCCUGGUAUCCUGGUAUCCUGGUAUCCCGGCCCAUGAUCAUCCCGCUCCACCAGCAAACUGAAGCUUGACCCGCAGUUCAUCACCAGCCACACAAGCAUCUUCAUAACAGAACGUCAUCUGACUGUGACAUCAGUUGCAAGGGGAUGACCGAGCGCAUUCAUAACAUCAACCUCCACAACUUCAGCAAUUCUGUACUUGAGACCCUCAAUGAGCAACGCAACCGUGGGCACUUCUGUGACGUGACUGUUCGGAUCCAUGGAAGUAUGCUGCGAGCUCAUCGUUGCGUGCUGGCCGCUGGGAGCCCAUUCUUUCAGGACAAGCUGCUCUUGGGCUACAGCGACAUCGAGAUCCCGUCGGUGGUCUCAGUGCAAUCCAUCCAAAAGCUGAUUGACUUUAUGUACAGCGGGAUCCUGCGGGUUUCUCAAUCCGAGGCCCUGCAGAUCCUCACUGCUGCCAGCAUCCUACAGAUCAAGACCGUCAUUGAUGAGUGCACUCGCAUCGUCUCCCAGAACGUGGGCCUGACCGGGCAGGGGGGGUUUCCCAUCAUACCAGGGGACUCUGGUCAGGAGACCCCUCGUGGGACCCCGGAGUCCGGCACCUCUGGACCCAGCAGUGAUGCGGAGUCAGGCUAUAUGCAAGUAUCAUCACAGCAAAGCAUGGAUCGAGCCUACACGUCACUGUACACCUACCCCGGCCUGUCUCUGCAGAACGGCACCCGCGAGCGCCCCCUGUACCUUAACCCGCUGUCGACAAAUUACGAUUCAGCUCUCAGCACUCAGAAGGACCAGCAGUCUCAAGAUCCGCCCUGGAGGAUCAGGUCUCAGCCGGUCGACCGCUUCAACUCCACAGCAGAGUCCACUCACUGCCGCAAGCAGCCCCGACCGGUACGCAUACAAACAGAAGGGAUGCACAUAAAGCAGGAGGCCGAAGACGACUACACCUGCUGCGCCAACUCUGGGGAUUGCCAAGAGGACGCCGACCACACCGAGGGCGUGGAGUGCGAAUCCAAGGUCGAAAGUUUUGACUCAGGGGUCAGCUCCUCCAUCAGUACCGAGCCGGACGCCUCGGAGCAGCAGCCGUACCUGCCGGUGUUCAGCCGAGAGGUGAGCGGCGACGGGCAACAAGGCGACGGAGGUCCAGUACAGAUCGAGGUCAACGACUCGUCUCCGGAGACGGAGAUGCACGAGGCGGACGACAGGGACACGUCCCACAGCACUAGUGACGGUAGCAUGAUGCACCCCCUGUCAAACUCAGUCAUGUCCCAGUCCCUGCCAGGUGCCCCGCACUACCUGCGGCAGGCAGAACACACCAGCAACCUGAGGAUGCCGCUCACCGUGACCAGCAACUCCCAAGUGAUGGGCCCAGCUGGAAGCACCUUCCUGCCCGCCCUCUUCCCCACGCAGCCGGCGAGAGACAAGCCUUUCCUUACCUACCUUACUGGCCAGCAGCAGCCGUUUGUGCCGGUGCCGCCUUCCGCGCUGCCACCGUACCCCAACCCUAUGUCGGUACAGCAGGCGCAGAGUCAACAGCAGCAGUCGGCGGUGGGACUGGGUCAGGGGGAGAAGAAGCCGUAUGAAUGCACACUGUGCAGUAAAACCUUUACUGCCAAACAGAACUACGUCAAACACAUGUUUGUCCAUACUGGUGAGAAGCCUCAUCAGUGCAGCAUCUGCUGGCGCUCGUUCUCCCUGAAGGAUUACCUAAUCAAACACAUGGUGACACACACAGGGGUGCGGGCCUACCAGUGCAGCAUCUGCAACAAACGCUUCACCCAGAAGAGCUCUCUCAACGUCCACAUGCGGCUGCACCGCGGAGAAAAGUCCUACGAGUGCUACAUCUGCAAGAAGAAGUUCUCGCACAAGACCCUGCUGGAGAGGCACAUGGCCCUGCACAGCACCGGCAGCGGCAUCACGGGGCUGUCGGGCGCCGCCUCCGCCCCGGGCCCCGUCUCCAUUCCCAUGCCUAUGGCCGUCCCCGAGCCCGGACCCGGAGUGGUGGCCCUCGCCAUGCCCAUGAGCGGAGGGGCCGGAGUCGGGGCCGGGGUCGGAACGGGAGUGGGCGUGGCCGCGGAAGCCGGCUGUCAAGAAGGGACCACCUACGUGUGCUCCGUCUGCCCCGCCAAGUUCGACCAAAAGGAGCACUUCAACGACCACAUGCGAAUGCAUGUCUCCGAUGGAUAAGUACAACCAGAUAAACUUCUUUUUUUUUGGAAAGAAUGACAAAAUAAAAAUGGCACUAGAUUUUCCUUUUCUUAUUUUGAGGUAUGAAGAGUAAUGAGUAUAGACACUGGCACAUUAAGUUUCCCAAAAAAAAAAAAAAGAAUUAUUUCUGUUAUUCUAAAAGAAAAAAAAAGAUGGUGGCCUUAAGGCUUAGUAGUUUGAUAUUGAUCUACUGGAUGGAUCCGAACUACAGGCCUCUAAAUGUAUGCUUUCCUAAAAUACUGAUUUAUGUGUUGAACACUACCGAAAGGCCUACGAAAGAAACACAUACACACAACACACACGUUUAGUGUAGACACGUUCGACUUUGACUAUCUGUCUGUCUGUCUGUGUGUGUGUGUGUGUGUGUCUGCGGGUGUGUGUGUGUGUGUGUGUGUGUGUGUGUGCGUGUGUGUUGCCAUGACACAAAAAACAUGGCUCCUGUAAACCCAUGCUGACCAGUUUGGAACCUAAAGACGUCCAAGCUUACUGUGGUAUCAUUUUAACACAACACCAAUAACAACAAAAUAUAUAUAUACAUAUAUAUAUAUAUAUUCACCUGAGGUCGGGCUGAAUACUCCCUCCAAGAAUACUGACGGUCACAAGAUUGCCUUCUUCUGAAAAAAAAAAAAGAAAGAAAGAAAAGAAAUUAGAACGAGGAGAGAAGUUAAUUUGACACUGGGUUUUAUUGAUGGAUUCAACUGCAGCUGUUGUCCAAGAGUUCAAAUAUUUUAUCUGAGAAAAGUAACUUCCUAUCAGUAAAAACAACGCGAACAAAUUUUCGCCUGUUUUUUUUUUUUUUUAAUUAAAUUGUGCACCUAUUUUUCCAAAUGUUUUCCUAAAUUAAGGUGUGUCGAUGAGACGAUUUUUUUUUUUUUUCUAUCUUUGGAGAGGAACUCAUUUUUGCAUACACUGCCACUAAUAUAUUAGAAGACUGUUAAGGCUCGUGGACCUCUGCCAUUUCAAAACACCAGUUUAAAAAAAAAAAAAAAAAAGGAAGGAAAUUCUUCUUUUUUUUUUAAGGCAUUUCUCAUUCACACCCUUUUCUUAAAGGCUGAGGCUGGAAAUUGCGACUAAAACUCUCUCUCCUUUGUAUUCGCUGCUCCGCAACUCGCACCUGAGUGUUCCAGGAGGAAGACGGAGACAAAAGACCAUUUAAAACCACAAGCAUUGUUUCUCAAACGGUCAAACACACACACACACACACACACAUUUUUAUGAAGCGUUCAGUGUGACAUCAGCUAAGGAAAAGUCAUAUUGUCCCCAAAUUGUCCAAUUUUAUUCCCAACAAUACGAGGCUUGGUUUUCCAGGAUAAGAAAUCAGCAAAAAAGAGGACGAGAAAUAUUCCUGAAUUUUUCCUUUAGAAUUUAAGGAAAAAUCUGACAAUUGACAGAUUGAACAAAAAUCAAAGUGACGUUUUCCAAAAUUAAGGUUUCAAUACCGAGCCAAAAUAUUUUUUUAAAUGUUUAUAAAAGUAAACCAAAUUUGAAGCAACCUUAAUUAGCUGAAAAAACAAAAUCAAGAAACUGAGAAUAGUUAGAAUUUUAAUCAAAAAUAUCAGUGUUUUUUUUCCAAUUCUGAGACUAAUAUUCAGACACGGAGAGUUUAAAAAUGUAAAAAUGAAAAAAGUUGAAAUUUUGAGAGAACUUUUGAAUCUGAGACCAAAUCAAAUUAACAGCGGACGCAGGAAAUGAAAUGAAAAAAGUGAAUAAUUUAGAAUUUCUCUAAAGUCAAGGCCACGACAACAAAACAGAAUGUUGAAAAUU